UGAAAAUGUGGCAAAAAGUGAUAUUUUAUCACCAAAUCCUCUUGACCAAAGUGCAGCACACUUGCCAGCUCAUGACCAGAAAGGAUGUACAAUCCUCAAUACUGCCAGCUCAAAUGUGGGCCACAUCGAUGAUCCUUCUCAGGCCACACCAAGCCGUCGGCCCAACUCGGGAUCAAUCCGGAACCCUCGCGCCACUCCCAUUCAUUAUGCUCAGCUUGCCGAUGUUUAUAACGCCCAAGCACAAAACCAACGCCACCGCCCCGCUGCGCUGCUAUUCCCCGCCGAGGGUAAACCUCCAGCACAUUCUCCCCGACCCCGUCAAGUUCCUACUGUCCAUGUUCGGAAGUUGAAGGAUGUGCGGGAUGAAGAACGCAAACGCAAACGAGAUCGGCAGGUGUUUGAAUCGUCGACACGGUCAAUCGUCAACCGCGGCCAUGGAUUUCCGGACACCCGUACAAUCUAUAGCGUAGACCGUCAGCGAGUCCCAAGGACAGCUUCGGUCAGUGUGCACGACACACUCUCACUCUCCGGACAACCUCUGCGGGACACCUCUUCGGCCCAUCGUUACACGCCGACAGGUCAAAGUUUUGAUCACGAUGCCAGCAACGAUCGCUUGGAUGAUCUUAGCACGCGUGAAUCAAUUACUACUACUCAAACCUCUUCCGCAGCUCAUUCCCCGAGCUUAUCCCCUCUUACGAGCAGUACCUCGACAUUGCUCAAACAUCAAGUGCUUCGGAAAAAUCUCCAAACCUGGUCGGGGUGGAGCAGUUGGAAGACCGUCAACGGCGCAAAGACCGUGAGCGGCGCGGCAUUCGACGACCUUGUGAAUCGCGAAGAGAUCGAUCUCCUCGGUACGGCCCCUAGGGAGACAUUCCUCGCCAACUUGGGACAGUGGCCUCGGUACGACCACGUUGAUGCGAAGGAAAAGAUUGUGCGAUGGUGGGCAGAAGUAGCUUCUCUAGCGCCUCCAUCUGAAGCGCAUGUUCAACUUAAUGGUGCUAACGAUCAUGACGUCGAUAUCGCCACUCCCGCAUCAGAGCAUACUCCCGUUCCUCUAGACAUGGACGUCGCGCAAGAGCUCGCGAACAUUUUGAUGCGACUAAGAAAGGGGAAAACUGCUUCAAAUAACCCGACCGCCGAAUCCGAGCUUGCAAGCGAUGUCGUGAGCCAAAUUUAUGACACAAUGGCGUCGAUCUCUCUCGGCACACUUACGAGUACUGGGCUCGGGCUCAGUAUCCAAGCUCUGGAAACGUGGACUAACAUUCCGUUCGACGAUGAGCAUGGCGUACAGGGCCGUGCAGCGGAAAUCGCAAAAUUCUUCGACGAACGGUUCGGCACUCUGCAGUGGGCGUGAGGGCUGAGACGAGCAGUCAGUGACCUGGCUAGCGCGUUGCUUAGACUGAGUCAUGAUUUUCUUGGAAAACAAGGAUAACGUGUCUAUCCUGUUUUAUACGCCCUCCUGAU